UGCAAUACCGAUUUGCAGGCUGCAUUCAUGCUUCAAAAAAAGUCGAGAGCUGCCGAAAGUGCGAAGACGAUACAACAAACAAAGUAGACUGGUUUUGAGUCAUAUAUUGUAACAAAAUCCGUCGAAAAUAUGGCAGAUGACGAUGAUAUGGGAGAGUUCAAUGACAAUUUUGAAGAUGUUGUGGAUGAUGAAGAAAUGAAUGAUAUACAAAAUGAUGGCGAAGGUGAUGAAGGAGAACAUAUUGAAAUACUGCCCUCUACUGACAGUCAACAGCCAUCUGAAAGAAUCACAACACCAUAUAUGACAAAGUACGAACGCGCUAGGGUGCUCGGAACAAGGGCAUUACAAAUAGCUAUGAAUGCACCAGUGAUGGUCGAACUUGAAGGGGAAACAGAUCCACUUGAAAUAGCUAUGAAAGAACUGAAAGCAAGAAAAAUUCCAAUUAUCAUUCGGCGAUACCUUCCAGACGGUAGCUUUGAAGACUGGGGUAUAGAUGAGUUAAUAAUUGACCAGACAUGAGUGACCAUUUUGGUGGUUAAGCUAACCAAUUUACACCUGCUGCAAACAAUUCUGGGUGAUUGUACUAAAUAAUGAGUGACUGCUACAACAAACUGUACCAAUGUGUAACCUGAAUCCUCAUUACGACUAAGCUGUGCCUACUGUAAAUGUUCCAAUAAGUGCAGCAGCACUUAUAACAUUUUUGGAGGCUUCAGAGUGGCGCUUAUUUCAGAGAAUGACAUUUGUUACACAUUUUUGUAGUGCUAUAAUGGUACCUUCAUGAUUAUAUGCAUAAGCCCAUUCGAUAUUUUGUUAAUAUUAAUCUGUGAAAUCUAAAAUCGGCUAAUAGUUCCUCCAUGAUACAAAAAAUCAAAGCAUUUACUCUUAAUUAAGCAUCACAACAUCUGUUCUUUAGUAAACGCUGUGGUGCCUAUGCAAGGGAAAUGGAAAUAAUUUUGGUAUGUUGCCUAAUUGAGAGCACCGUUUAUUUGAGAGAGGCGUUUAUUGGAUCAUUUACAGUACUGUAUAAUUAUUGGCUUUUGUUUGUAAUUUGUAUAAGCCAAAUGAAUGACAUUUCCACAUGAAAAAGUAACAUUUUUAGUAAUAAAAUUUUAAAGUGAAAAAAA